UGAAGAUAUCCAAAUCAUUCCCUGAGCCACAACUUCUGUAUCUCCCCCUCUGGAGAGUUUCCCAAAGUAAAAAAAAUGGGAGACGAAGAAGAAGCCAAAGCUUCGGUGGAGAUAUGGAGAUACGCGUUAGGGUUUGCUGAGAUGGCGGCGGUGAAAUGCGCCAUCGAACUGAAGAUACCAGAAGCCGUCGAGAACCAAACGUCACAGCCCGUGACUUUAGCCGAUCUCUCCUCCGCCGUCGGUUUCCCUCCGCCCCUCCUCCGCCGCAUAAUGAGGUUUCUUGCCCAUCAAGGCAUCUUCAAAGCAGUACCCACCAAAGACGGCGCCACCGGCUACACAAACACGCCUCUCUCUCGCCGCAUGAUGAUCACUAACCGCGACGACAAGUCAAUGGCUCAUAUGAUUCUACUGUCUAGCAACCCCGUCGCGGUCGCGUCGUAUCUGAAGCUGAGCUCCGCCGUCGUCUCCGGCAAGGGUUUCCAGCCGUUCGAAGCGGCGCACGGUAAGGACGCGUGGGCUUACGCUGCAGAGGAUCCGGGCUAUAGAGAGACGUUCAACGAGGCCAUGGCUUGCGACACGAGGCGGGUGGUUCCCGCGGUGACAAACACGUGCGCCGACAUUUUCGACGGAGUUUCGACGGUGGUUGAUGUCGGCUGCGGGACCGGAGAGGCCAUGGGGAUGGUUGUGAAGGCGUUUCCAUGGAUCAAAGCCUUCAACUUCGAUCUUCCCCAUGUCAUGGCAGGUGCUAGUGAGUUCGAAGGCGUUGAGAACGUUGCAGGCGACAUGUUCGGUCUCAUUCCACGCGCCGACGCUGUAUUCAUCAAGUGGAUAUUACACGAUUGGAGCGACGAGGACUGCGUGAAGAUACUGAAGAGAAGCAGAGAAGCAGUGCCGAAAGAGAAAGGGAAAGUGAUAAUAGUUGAAGCAGUGGUGGAGCAGAAGAAAGAGGAUGAUGAUGACGACAAGUUAGAGUAUGCGAGAUUGCUGUUAGAUGUGGUGAUGAUGGCUCAGAUGAAGAACGGCAGAGAGAGGAAUAUGGAGGAGUGGGAUCAUCUUCUUACAGAAGCAGGUUUUGUCCGACACGAAGUGAGGGACAUCAACGAUCUUCAAUCUGUCAUUAUUGCUUACGUGUCUUAGCUCAAGCCACGGACAGAAAAAUAUCCCAAGUUUGUCUCAUAAUUUGUGAUUUAAAACUCAGAUAUUAUACACUAAAAAUAAAUAAUAUAUAUAUAUAUAUAUAUAUUGUAACCGACGUUGGAAGGACUAUUCCGAAAUUUGUCCACAAUAGUAAAUGAACAAUUGAUUAGUUUC